GAAGGCUGCACGCACAUGCAUGCGGAGGCAUCACGGAAUGAUGGGCCCAGCGGCUGCAGAGGGUUGACUUCAAGCAAGGCAAUGGUGUUCUUCCCUUGAGUAGGUCCUUAAGCAAAAGCCCUGCUACCCUCUCAGCAUGUUUCAGUUUAGUGGAGGACAGGGAAUCAACAAACAGAGCAAGGGAUACAUAACCUCCAAAGAUGCAUAAUAGAGAAGGUGGCAAGGCUGGCCAAAAGGGCCUUGGUAUCAAUAAAGGGUGCUAAAAGACCCCUGUAGAAAGAGAGCUACAGGUUCGGGCCACUCCGCAGUGCUUGUUCUCAAGGCUCUGGCUUCCACACCCCGCAGCAACAGUCUGCAUGUGUUUGCCUGUCUCGCCUAAUGUCCAUUCUAGCCUCCCUUCUAGGUUGUAAGACACAGUGAGGUCAUCCUGUCCAGGAGACAGAGCAAUCCAUAAGUUGGGCAUCGUCUUGCCAAAAGAAGGCGGGAUGAGUCAGGCACAGGGGGAGAAGGAAGAUAUAAAGCAGGGAACAGACUGAGUGUGCAGCCAAGGAGAGAGAGCUGAAUGUUAACCGCUGAGAAAGAAGGGCGAGCAUGCUUGCUGAAUCGUAGAGUGGGAACUGAGAACAGGAACAGGCUGCACUAUGAGCCACCGAAACUAUGAAGAGAUCAAAGACAGCGCUCCCGCUGCUCCGAACCCUACCACUUACUCAGAACAACAACACUACGAGGAGAACAGACCACUGAAACUUCCUGUUAGACCUCCGCCCCCCUAUGGGGUACCUCAGCAGAUGCCAUCCCAGUACCAGGCGUAUUAUGCCCCCACUGAGGAAGCAUCCAGCCAAGGUCCAAAUCUCCAGGCUCCACAGGAUGUCUUCAUUGCACCUGCCCAGUAUAGCAGCCAGCCAGAUCACCUGGCCUACUCCAUCUUCACCAUGCUUUGCUGCUGCCUGCCCUUUGGCAUUGCCGCCUUGAUUUUCUCUGUAAAGACUAAAGAAGCCAACCGCAUAGAAAAUAGCACAUCUGCUCAGAAAAAUUCCAGGCUGGCAUAUCUGAUGGGCCAUUUAUCUCUCGGAUUUGGGAUUGCAAUUUGGAUUUUUUAUCUCACCCUAAUAAUAGUCCAGAGCCAGAGUGUUUAGAGAAAUGACACAUCCCUGAGAAGCCCUUGAGAACUGCACUGCACAAUGGCCAUAUCCCUUCAUGAAAGAAAAAAAUAAUGAUCUCCCUCAUCCCCAUCCGCUGAACAAAUCAGAGAAGCCUUGUUAUAACAUCAUGACUAUUGGAUCAUCCCAUCAUGGGAAACAAAUGGACUGGCUCACCCAGACACGUACAUCAUGGGACGGAACCAGCAAUGGACUGUGUGAACCGCAAACCUUCACAUGGGAGGUGAUGUCAAGUGAGCUGGAAGUCCUACCGAGUGAUGGCCCGUCCACUGCACACAACACAGCUGUAUGAUGCAAAACUAACAACAAAACAUGGACAGGCAAAGUAACAGGGCACCAAGUCAGGUAGGAAGCAUCUGAGGUCUGGCGAGCACCCAUAUUCUCUUCUGGGUUGACCAAAUUGUCUUAGUAUCUCUAGUGACCAAAUAUCAUGAUCCAUCCUCUUAGAAUGAGAUGGCCUUAGAUCAGUUCCUCCCCUUUAAUCUCAUUCUACCACUCACUGGAUCUCCUCCCUAUUCUAACCCCCUUCCUUCAGCCCUUCCCUCUGUCUCUGGUUCCUCUGGGCCACUCCCUCUCCUGACCAGCCCAAAUAUACCGCUUGCCUUCUUUAGUCUACUGCUGUGAGACCUUGCCCCAGUCAACACAAAACAAUAGCAUGUGACACCAGUUUUGAGUCAGAAGCGAAAGAGUCAGGUCCAACCACAGGAAGCAGAUGUCUGAGAAAUCAGUCUGACCAGGUCUCCCACUUCCCCUGGCAAGCCAAGAGGGGGUGAAAUGCAGGAUUCUGAUACAGCUUAUCUUCCUUGCCUGGGAGACAUGACUCUGAAAGAGGUCCAUGUUUCUAAACCAGAGACAUCUCCCAUGAGGGCGGGACAGCAGGAGGCGGUCUCUGCAGGAAAGGGUGUUUGGGAGGACAACAAAAAGCGCAGGGCAAAGACAUCUUGGGAAACAGAGCUACCUCCUGAGAGCCAAGUUCCCCAGCCAGAAUAAAAUGAUCAUUAGCAGCUAUUCCCCUGUAUUUAACCUCAAGCAACCUGCACUAAACUUUGCUGGAAACUACAUCUGGAAGGGUCCCUGCUUUUCCUGGACUGUGAACUUCUUGGGACUCGUGUGCUGAGCUCAGGAUGGCUGGGUCUUUUCUUGUGAUGCACAUUGACUGAUGCUUUUCAAAUAGCCUUGUGGUGAUCUGGUAGCUCUGGAUCUUUAUUAGGAUUAUGCGUAAAGGCUUGCAGCUAAUGACUAGAAUUAGUGCAAGUUAAAGGUUUACUGGGACAUCUGCCCUGGCUCCAGGUGCUUACAAAUCCUCCCACUUUUCACUGUUUCGUGAAAAAUAGGCUUCAGGUUUGUAAUAACUUUAGUCUUACACUCUGUCCCCCACUGCUGUCCCCCAACAGCCAUUGCUCAGCUCCAUGUUCCACCUCAUUUCCUCUGCAAUGGCUUGCAUGUCUUGCUUUAAACACUAAGAAGGUGGUUGUCCUUUCCUUGAAAAGAGCCACUAGAAAAACUUAUCUUUUCCAUUGUCUGUGAUCAAGGGUUCAAAACCGUGCCUGACUUUCUCCGUGUGGUACGACCAGCUCUAAAGCAAAGCAGCUAAAUGUCCAUGUACGUGCAUUCUGUUCCUGAUCCUAUCCUUGAUUGUGAUUAUAACUGCAAGAAUCUUGCACAAGCUUUGUAAUCCUUUGAGAUCCUCCUGGAACUAAACAAAUAAAUCAACAUGAAAUUAUA